UCCCACCAUCCCCUGCCACUCUCUCCGCCUCCCCCUCUCCCUGCAGGCCAUAGUGUUUCGCUUGUUGGCCCUCUGCACUCCCCCAUCGCUGCCUGCAGCAGCAGGGGCAGCAGCGGGGGGGGCAGCAGCAGGGGGCCUAGCAGGGGGCCCAGCAGGAGGGUCAGCACAGGAGGAGGGGCAGAAGGAGGGGGAGCUUCCAGAGGCGCUGGUGGAGCUGCUGAGAGCGUUCACAGUGGAUGCGCCACCAGCAGUGACUGCUCGCCUGCAGCUUUUCCAUAUGCCAGCAGCAGCAGUGGCAGCGCACCCCUCGCUGGCUCCGAUCGCCGACUCUCUCUCCUCGCUCUCCCACGACUCGCCCCUGCCACAACAGCUAACACAGGUGCUGCUUUCCUGCCCGAACAUGGCACAUGGAUC